AUGGCAACCUCCGGGGGACAUCCCCAGAGAAGGAAAGCUACCUCUCUCCCCGAGGGCUCGAGCGGUUCUAGAGGUGGAGCCCAGUCGGCAGUGGUUCGCUCAGAAAAAGAACGCUGGUCUUCAUUUCCCAUGGCGCAGAGGGGGGUGAAUUCUUACAAAGCCUCCACCUCCUCCUUCCUGCUCCAGCACAUCAUUCACCGCUAUCCGGAGUCGGACCCAGAGCUGGAGGAAUCCGAGGCCGAGGCCGAGGGCGAGGGCGUGGGCGUGAACGAGGAGCGAAUGGAUUCCGAGGCGUCCUCAGAGUCCGAGCUGCUGAAUUUGGAGGGUGAAUUUGAUGGGGUCCUGAGAGAGGAGGCGGUGGCUGAGGCACUCUACCAGUUGGGGCGCUCCGGUUCCGGGACUGAGCAGGUCUUCCUCAACCUAACUUUAUCGGGUUCUGACUUGAUUGACAUUAGCAUCCUCUGCGGAUAUGUCCACCUACAGAAGCUGGAUCUCUCAGUAAAUAAAAUUGGAGAUUUGUCAUGUGUGAGUUGUAUGCCGUAUCUUCUAGAACUUAAUGCUUCUCAAAAUAAACUGACCUCAUUCUUCAAUUUCAAGCCACCCAAAAAUCUCAAGAAGGUGGAUUUUUCCUGCAACCAAAUUUCUAAAAUGGGUGAUUUGUCGGCAUACCAGGCUCUCACUAAACUAAUUCUGGACAGCAACGCGAUAGAAGAAAUCAGAGGGUUAGAGCUGUGCAGCAGCCUGACUCACCUCAGCUUGGCCAAGAACAAGAUCACAACCAUCAGCGGCCUGGGCGAGCUGCCCAUCAAAAUCCUCUGUCUGAGCCAUAACCUGCUUGAGAAGAUCAUGGGUUUGGACCGGCUAAGAGCCCUGAAGAUUUUGGACCUGUCCCACAAUCAGAUCAGGAGCCUCCAAGGCUUGGAGAAUCACGACUUCCUGGAAGUGAUCAACCUGGAGGACAAUAAGAUUGCUGAGCUGGGUGAAAUAGAAUACAUUGAAAAUCUCCCCCUCCUUCGAAUUCUCAAUCUUCUGAAAAAUCCAAUACAGGAACACUGUGAAUAUUGGCUCUUCGUCAUUUUUAUGCUACUACAAUUAACGGAAUUAGAUCAGAGGAAGAUUACAGUGGAAGAAAAGGUUUUCGCAGUAAAUAAGUACAACCCUCCCCCGGAAGUGGUCGCAGCCCAGGAUCACCUGUCCCACGUUGUCCACAGCGUGAUGCAGCCGCAGAGGAUCUUUGACAGCACCCUGCCCAGCCUGGACGCACCGUACCCCAUGUUGGUCUUAGCUGGUCCUGAAGACUGUGGGAAACGGGAACUCGCCCACCGCCUCUGCAGGCAGUUCAGCACUUACUUCCGAUACGGGGCCUGUCACACCACAAGAGCCCCGUACUUUGGAGAAGGGGAUCGAGUUGAUUACCAAUUUAUCUCGGAAGAGGUUUUUAAUAAAAUGGUGCACAUGGGGAAAUUCAUUCUCACGUUUAAUUAUAAUGAUCACAGUUACGGAUUGAGUAGGGACACCAUAGAAGGCAUCGCCAGAGACGGGUUAGCCAGCUGUGUUCAUAUGGAAAUAGAAGGUGUAAGAAGUUUGAAGCUCACCCAUUUUGAACCUCGGUAUAUCCUGGUGCUGCCCCUGAACAAGAAAAAAUAUGAGGGCCACCUGCGGAGAAAAGGGCUCUUCAGUCGUGUAGAGAUUGAUUUUGCUGUCUCCAGAGUGGACCAUUACAUUCAAAUUAAUCAGAAAUUUCCAGGAUUUUUUGAUGCAGUGAUCAAUGCAGAUGACCUGGAUGCUGCCUACCAACAGCUGAGCCAGCUGGUCCAGGAGUACCUUGGCCUGGGUCAGGACACCGCCACAGGUUUGGCUCCGCCUGCAGCAGGAGACCCCUCGAACAAGAAGACGCCCUCCGGGGUCCCAGCACACCUGGUUCCCUCCCCCCGGCGCCUGGCAAAACUGCAGGCGGACGGCCUGGCCGCAGAGCGUCUCUCUGGGGGGCAGGUCCCUGAAAACCAGAACCAGGAGCUGAGUCCGGGGGGAGCCACCCCUCAGGGAGAGCCUUCUCCCCGUGGUCACAUCGGCACUGAGGCUCCUGCACAGCCCGGCUCCUCGGCUCUGAGCAUCCCCCCGGAGGCCCAGGCCGCAUCCCCAAACCAGAAGGAAGGCGAUGCGCCACAGUCACCUCUUUCCUCAACAAGAACCACCACAAACCCCCCUGAAAACGAGGCCGGGACAUCCGAGCCAGUAGCAGGUGAAGGAGGGCAGGGCCCCCCUCGGCUCCCUGACCCACCUCCAGCCCCCAGCCCUCCGCCGGACCAGAAUGAGGAGUCGGGAGAGGUCGAGGUGACCCCCACCGACCCACCCUCGCCCGAACCUCCACAGGGGCCUGGCCCGCCACCCCUCAGCCCCCAGAGAAGCCCGGCUGAGGAGACCGAGUCAGCCGAUCUGCCACCCGGCAGUUCCCAUCAUGACCCCCCAGGACAGCCGUCCGACCCCGAAGGGGCUCUGAUGCUCCAACCGUCGCUGGGAGGAUCUCAACAUCCCCUGGAGGGGGGAACCCCAGAGGCGGAAGUCAGGGUCAGCACUCCUUUCCCAGGACCGCCGCCACCCCAAGAUCCAGGAAUCAGCAAGCAGCCCCAGGACAGGGGAGACCCAGCGGCUUUGCUUUCCAGAAGCCGACUGGCCCCCAGCAGGCUGCCCCAGCCGCGGGUCCUCGCUCCCCUCCAGAGCCCGAGGCCCUCACCCCGACUCCCCUCACCCCGCGCAGCCGCAGAUCAACCCAGGACGCCCUCUCCGAAGCCUCCACCAGCUCAGGAAGGGGACCCCGGCAAACUCCCUCUCAUCAGCCCCCCAAAUUCCAAACCACCACCGCACCUGAGCCCCCAUCCGGGCCACAGUCCUCAGCACGUCCAGGAGGAGAGCGUCCGGGAGGUGAAACUCCCUCUGAUCAGCCCCCCCAUCCAGGAGCACACCCCCCAGCCGGCCCCUGAUCUGCCCCAGGAAGAGGAGGCCCCCGGGGUCAGGCUCCCUCGCCUUCCCACACCCCUGCCUCAGAACCGGGGGCCCCGUCAUCAGGCAAGGCCUGCCAAGGAGAGGCAAGCACCCCAAGGUGGCCGCUCCUCCAGCAAGAAGAUUCCAGAUAUGCAGGCAUCACCCCCAAACCAAGAGCCCGUGCAGCAAGCAGUAGCGAGGAAAAAAAAACUCGCUGCCCAGAGAGGGACAGCUAGAGGACCAGCACACCUGACAGAGGUGCCGCCCGCAAGCCACCAGACAGCCUUGCAGCCAGAAUCCCAGAGCAGACCCACCGGCCCAGAGACCGCCGCCGCCCCUAACCCCAGCCCUCCUCGGAGCCCUCAGAGGAGCCAGAAAAGCAGAGCCCACUCCCCAGGGAUUCCUGAGCCACCCCAUGCUGAGCCAGCGCCUGGGGAUCCCGGAUUACAGGAACAGGAAAGGGGAAAAGUGCAACAUUCCAGAAAAAAGGCCCAUGCCAACCUCCCCCCAAAUGACCUGGUUCAGAAGGUAGCUACGUCCACCAAAGGGCCAUCUUCGAAAAGAGAGCGUGCUGGAGGGCUCUCUCAAGAAAAUAAAGCCACCCUUGGCAGUGAUCGGCCCAGCCGGGAGGGUCCGCUGGCCCACGGGAGAGCUCCCCGCCAUGCACAGUCCACUGCGGGCGGUCCCGCCUCCGCGGGGCGUCCAAGGAGAAAAGAGGCUCAUCACAGGGGAAGGUCUUGGAAGGGAGAGCCGGCGUCAGACCUCCCGGAGCAGGAUGUCUCGGCACCCACCCCGCAGCCUGCCCCAGGGACCAGCGAGGCCAGAGAGCACUCUGUCCAAGAGGACGAUGCUUCCAGGCAGCAAACCAACGAGAAACACACCCCAAAACACGAAGGGGCAUCCCACGACAGAAACCCUGCUGCACCCCAGAAUCCAGUGCCUGCUGAGGAGCAGGGUGGCCGGCAGGAGAGGCUGCGAACCAGGGGCAGCCAGAGCACUAAGGUUUAGCAGUGCCAGUGCCCAAAGAAGUGCUGACCCAGGACCCCAGGAUGGAGAGCGUGGCCAGGACGCUGAGUUCACACCCAAUGUCCCUCUGCAACCCGAGUCGUCCAAGAAGGGCCCGCCCGCACCAUCCAGUCCAGCCACUGGGUUCUUAGAAGACACCCAGUCUUUGCCCUUCGGUGCCUCUUUUGUGGCUGGUCAUUGCAGCCUGGAAGAGCAGCCCUUAUAAAGAGAGACACCAGCCGA